ACGGUUUUGAAUUGCACAUAAGUAAGCAGAUACAUCUUUACCGUUACUAGUGAUUUAGAGUACUUCAAACUGUGCGAAGCUUUCUUGUUUUAUUGAGUUAAGUCAGAUUGAAAAGAAGGUGCAACACCACAAAUGGCAGAUCCUGAUCCCGAACCCUACUAUGACAAAAACGAAGUUCUUGGAAGAGGAGAACACACUACUGUUUUUGCAGGGGAUCCAGGUUUGGCCGUCAAGAGAAUUGAAAAGGAAAGGAUGGUUGAAAGAUUGCGAGACAGAGAAGAGGCAGCAAUGAGACAAAUGGAUCAUCCAAACGUCAUAAAACUUGUUGAUGUCCAAGAAACUCCAAAUUUCAAGUUUUGGAUACUUGAACGAUGUUUAGGGACGGUUCGUGACUACAUUAACGGUGAUAAAAUGUACAAGGAUCACAUGCCAACGGAGGUUGAAGCCUUGAUGCAAAUGGCAAGCGGAUUGGCUUACAUCCACUCGCAAAAUAUUGUCCAUCGAGAUAUCAAGCCAGAUAACGUGCUCAUUGCCAACAAUUCUGAUCCAAAACUCAAAUUUGUUUUGAAAAUUUCGGAUUUCGCGUGCUCUAAACCCAUGACGCAAGACGGAAAACAUUCUUAUACCGGCCCUAGAGGAACCAGGGCUUAUCAUGCUCCCGAGUAUCUUCGACUAGAGGACGGUAAAAUGAAAGAUGAGGAAAUGAAAAAUAUCAGAGAGGACAAAUCGAUCGACAUUUUCCCCUUGGGCUGCCUGUUUUUCACUUACAUCGUUAAAAAAGGGACUUCCAUUCAUCUAUUUUCGACACCAGGAAAGCCAUUUAACUUGCAAGAAAAGGAUGAGAGUGACGUCACUGAGAAUAUCCGGAACGACAGAAAGUAUAUCGAAGAGAAUGGAAUACCAAGCGAACACUAUGCGUUUAAAAUGAUUGACGGAAUGACUAAAGCUCGUUCUGAACAUCGCUGUGUUGCGGUUCGUCGGCCGGCGAGCGGUUUCAGCCGAACAAACCGAAUGAAAAGGGGACUUAAACUAAUUCCUUAUUACUAGAGUAAUAUAAGACUUACAAAUGACUAGGGUUUACACAAAUAUAUUUAACACUUACGCGGGGGUAGCCAGCACAAACAGCACAGCCCUCCCUUAGGACCAGUCUCACACACGUGAGACGAGAUGACAUUCACACAGUACGUCAGUACGCACACCACGACAAUCACACCCCGUCUGCUAUGGGCCACCCAAUUUCUCCAUGGGCCACUUACGCCCUCUAGUCGGUCUACAUACGGGCCUCGGGGUACAGACAUAAAAAGGGGUAAGGGGAUAGAUGAGCCGUCUGCUACAGCUGGGUUUUGAACGAAGGUAAACCUGGAAAAAAUUCAGUGCUAGGCACUUUGGAAAUGGAAUUGCAACGUGAAUAACAGAAGACAUAAUUCAGUUGACUUGCAUAGUAGAUUAACAGAAUUUUGAUCAAUUUAAUUUGAUUGAUAAAGACGAAACGUUCAGGUACAGAAAAACUAAUCGUGUCACAUGAUUUGUUUCUUCUUAAAUAGACAUCUUUAGCAGCC